GAGUCGAGGACCUUUGCAAGCCUGCACGGACGACCCCCUGGGCCUGGGCCUUGGAAAACCCUGAUCAGAAUCACUCGUAAGCUUCAGCCAGGCUUUCACAAUCUCAAGCUCCCUGGAGAAAGAGAGGUGAAAUUUCAGAGGGGACGUUGCAUGGGCGCAAGGGGUUUUUAAUUUCAAGAAAUUUUCAUUUUCUCGUGGGGAGCGCAAAAGUUUGCUCAAAGUCACCCUGGGCUCACAAAGCAAGAUAUUGGAAGGUUCAAAAGCGGGGUCUAUUUGAGCCUGGGUCUGUUGUAAGCAAGAGUCGUGAGCGACCGAUUUUGCAAGUUCAAGGUUUAGUUUAUGAGGUGACCUGUCGCAAGCGCAGAUAGUGAAAAAUUACGUAGUUGCAGAGAAAAGGGAGAAAAAGCAGGGUUUAUUGCGUAACACCUGUGUCCCAGUUAGCGGUUGCGCAUUUCUGCAAGGAUGGGAACUUCCAACUCGACGAGGAGGUCUUCUGGCAAGCAUGUCGCAGCAUCUGGUGCUGGGGGCAGCUCAAGGAAUCAACUGUCGCAUCAACCGGAGGAGAUUUUGCCUAUUUAUCGGAAGCCCGAGCUACAAGACUUUGAAUGUGUCAUAUGCAAAGACCUGGUCUACAAACCUGUUGUCAACGCGUGCGGCCACGCCUUCUUUUGCUUCUGGUGCGCGCACGAGAGCAUGGGCGCAGGUUUCCAGAACAGCGCCUGCCCCAUGUGCCGCUCCACGUUCAGCCACAUGCCGCGCGUGUGCGAGCUGGCGCACUCGUACCUCACCAAGGUGUGGCCCACUGAGUACGCAGCCAGGGCCGCCGAGGUGGAGGAGGAGGAGAAGCAGCGCAACAUGUUCUCGCCUGAGCCGAUCGGCCUGCCGCAGACUGCAGGGAAGAGGAGGCAGGUCGACGCACUGUUCCGGAAUGGAGGGGGGCAGGUGGAGAGUGCGGGCGCUACACAUGCUGAGGUCCAGGCAACUAGCGCUGCCAGCAAGGGUUCAUGUGGAGAAGAGCCGGCGCAAGCGGACACCACGCAAGCAACAUCUACUGAGAUGGUGCGGGAGGGUUCGGACGAGAAUAGAGUGGAGGAGUUCACUGCUGGUGACUGCGAGUGCCUGCUGUGCAACAAGCUGCUGUUCCAGCCAGUGGUCCUCUCCUGCGGCCAUGCCUACUGCUUCCUGUGCUUGGAGGAGCGCUUCCCCGUGGGCCGCGUUGUGUGUGCCUACUGCCAGAAGGCGCACCUGGAGGACGAGGUCACGGUGUGCGGCCAGCUGCAGGAGGUGAUACAGGGCGCCUUCCCUGCCGAGACGCACCAGCGCAUCCGCCAGGAGCGCGCAAGGCUCGGCAACCGCACCGGCCUCCUCAAGCGGGUCGCGCAGCAGGACGAGCAGCCGGAGGAGCCCAAGGGCUUCGUUCACUUUGGGAUUGAAUGCGACGCGUGCGGUGUGUAUCCGAUUGUUGGCGAGCGAUACCAAUGCCAGGACUGCGAAGAGGAGAUUGGGUUCGACCUGUGUGGGCGCUGCCACGCGGCCCGCGAGCAGCCCAUGCUGGGCAGCUACCUUUUUCAACAGAAGCACUUGCCGUCCCACCGCAUGCACCGCGUGGCGCCUGUUCCAACGUUUCUGCACCAGGUCAUGGACACCCAUCCCGAGCUGAGCGUGUCCACCGUCAUCAACAUGGUCAUGAGCAUGGUUGACGAGAGGGGAGACGAGAGCGCUGGCGCGGCGCAGCACCGCAGCCCCCCACCAGACGAUGACGUAGACCUAGGGGAGACCAACCUGUUCGACGAGCCCGAGGCGCCGCAGCCGCAGGAGCACGGAACUGCAGCCAGCGGCCAAGGCGGAGCAGAAGUAGAGCCGCUCGAGUCCGGGUUUGAAGCUGGGGGGGGCGCUUUUCAGCACGACGAAACGGGGGCGGCUGCAGGGCCCCUGGACAUGACGUCACGCCUGGUGAGGACGGUGCUGGCGCAAGCGGAGGUGGAGCAGGCAGUCGGCCGGACGGGCCUGGAGGAGGAUGGCGCACCGGUGCAGGGGGCCCCGGUUGCCGCAGCCGGUGCAAUGUUGGAAGGUGACGGGCAGUCACGUGAGGAAGCAAACGGCGAACGAGGGGAUGAGGCAUCGGAAGCGCAACCAGGGGCGGGGGCCUCAUCUCGGCCUAAUGCGGAGUGGGUGUGGGUCAACGACUCUAGUCAGCAGGCCGAGCUGGGAAUGGAAAGGAACGUGGAGGAGUUGGCUGAUGAUGGGCCCGAGCAAGUGUCACGGUUGGGCGAGGUACCGGGUGUCGCUUCAGGGGAGGGUCAAUCGGAAGGGGCUCAAGAGGGUAGCUUGGUUGCAACGAUGGGUGACCAAGGAAGCGGCCAUGAAGAUUGUGUGGAUCGCGGAGCGGAAAAGCAGGAUGGAGUAGCAGGGGGGUCAAACGACGCACUCGAUCAGGGGGAAGGUUCGAGGGCGGGUCUGGACAUAGAAGGUCGACAAAGGGGUGCUGAGGAAGAAGGACAUCAGAUUUCAGUGGAAGAGGGGGCCAUAGCAACCGAUCCUCACAAUCAAGCCGCUGUCGGGCCUUGGAGCGACGCUGGUCGAGGUCGAGGGUUCACGGAGGAGUGGUGCGCUGCGCAUGACCAUCAGCAACGUGCCAGCUGCGAGCCAGGCCUGCGAAGGAGCGACUCGUACCAUCAGCUGAUGAUGGCAAGUGCGUGACGACUGCCGGAGGGACAGCUUGCUAAGAUGCUCGAUUGUUGCGUAAAGGUUGGAGAUCGCUGAUGAAGUGUAGAGUCUGUAUUUCUCGCAGAUUUAUUGAAGUUGGCAACCGUAAUGGGCUUUGUACAUUAGUUACAACAGUUACCGGGGUAGGCAUUUUCUGCUUGGCAUCACAUUAUGCCAAGUUGGUCAUUGUAUGUCAUCUGUAGAACAGCUCGCCGCUUGUCAGUCUUGAUUGGUUGGUCAGAGUCUGAAGCUGGGAGUCCGGGUCGAUUUGUGUAAAGCUAAGCUAGAGAGCAAUACGACCAGGAAGUGUACAUGAGCUUGAAAGCUUGGUUCCGCGACGUGACGCCGGAGACUGAACACAUGCAAGCCUGGGCCAUUACCAAUUCCGGCCGCCUGGGGGCUGUCAAUCGUGUGUGCGUCUGAUUCCAUCCCUGUAUAUGUUACUAAUUUCGUCA